AUGGACCAUACCCUGGGCAGCUUCUGGGGCCUCUUGUGGACGCUGACGCCGUUGUGCCUGCCGCCGCAAGGAGUCCACGGGUUCUUCCCCAACUUCUGGUCUCGCGCCAUGGCUUUCGCCUGGGGCUCCGUCACCCACCAAGACAUGACCGAAGAGGCCGUUCUCAGCGUCACCUUGCGCCUUUUCACGGAGAUGCCUCAUCCCGAAGGGAAGCGCAUCCGAGAGGAGGACUUCGAGGACAGGACCCUCCUGGCUGAUGAUAUCUUUGCAGCUUUCUUUGGCCCUAAGUUAUCAGCCAAGCGUUUUCGUGGGGCCCUUGCCCAGGUGGCCAACGCCAAUGCCGCCAUGGACUUCCUGAACACCACUCGGGAUGACCCUGUGCUUCACUUCGAUUCAGAGCUCAUCCACUCUGCCAAUGCCUGGCUGUUGCAAGCGCGCAAGGAGGUCUUGCAAGCCGUGCGCUCAGAGCAGUAUGGCAUUGCCCGGGAAAAGUUGGGGCAACUGCUACAUACGUUACAGGAUUUUUAUAGCCACAGCAACUGGGUAGAACUUGGGCACCGGCAUAUCCACCCGCACCUGCUCAAACCAGGCCGGGAAAUCAAGUCAAUUGCAGAAGCUGACAUCCAUACUUGCAGCAGCUGUUCUUUCUGGACGUGUGAAGGGAACCUCUUAGAAAGCCUUGCUGCUAAAGGGCUUUUGACCACAGGUUACUAUGGCACCAAGCCGGAAAAACCAAAAGGGAAGUGCAGUCACGGUGGGAAGUUUGACGACAGCCGCCACAGAGAUCCUUAUGGUGGCAUCAACAAGGAUAGCUCCUCCGUGUUCUUCUCGCCCCACCACUACCUGCACAGCGAAGCCGCCGCGCUGGCCCAGGAGGCUUCGACCCACUUCCUGGAGACUCUGUGGCGAGAAAUUGGGAACAAGCAGUUAAUGAGGUUACUAGAUAUCAGUCCGGCCACAGGUUUGAGCUUCGUUGUGGACACCACAGGCAGCAUGGGGGAAGAGAUCAAUGCGGCCAAAUCCCAGGCACGGAAGAUCAUUGACUCACGCCGGGGCACCCUUCAGGAGCCGGAUUUCUAUCUCUUGGUGCCGUUCAAUGACCCUGAUUUUGGCCCUAUGCUGAAGACCAGCGACCCCCGAAAGUUCUGGGAAUUCCUCGACACUAUCCACCCGCUGGGUGGCAAGGAUGAGCCGGAAAUGUGCCUGUCCGCACUUGAGCUUGCCCUCCAGAACUCACCUCCGUACUCUGAGAUCUUCGUCUUUACAGAUGCAUCAGCUAAAGAUGCUCACCUCAAGAACAGCGUGGAAGCCCUGAUCCAGGAGCAAAAAUGCAAGGUGACCUUCCUAAUCACAGAAGAUCCCUCCAGGACCCGGGUGAAACGGGAAACGCUUGCCCCGGACCGAUUCAACCUCUACAUAAACCUAGCUCACAGCUCGGGUGGCCAGAUCAUAUUUACAAACAACGAGAACAUCCGACGGGUGACUGAAAUAAUUGGCGAAUCCAGCAUAUCUUCGGUGACCCUCUUCUACCACCAGAAAGGAGCCAGCUUCAGCCUGGGGGGCUCUCCCAAGAGGAUGAGAAGGCAAGCAACAAAACAGGAAGUUCUCCCUUUUUGGAUCGACAGCCUGGUCAACAAAGUGGUGAUGACUAUCCAAGGUGCCGUUUGGGCCUUCGCCAUCCAGGAUCCUACAGGUUCAACCCAGAAUUCUGCAUCGGAUCGUGGUCCCUUAGCUGAGAUCCAGUCCAUUGGAGGCAUCUACAGGGUGCUGCUUUCUUCCCCUGUCCGUGCCGGAGAGUGGACUUUGAGGCUUCAUUCCAAAGGCAACUACUCUGUACACAUCCAGGGUCAGAGCACCCUUGACUUCCUGCAUUACUUUGCAGUCCAAGUGGAUGGACGACACCCUGGGCUUUUAAAAAUGGAGAGUAGCCCCAUAGAAGGGGUUCCUGCAUUCUUGGUUGUUACGGCGACGGGCUUGAGCCGCCCGGAUUCCGGCUCGGUUGAGCUGCAGGCCGUGAACCUGGCGGGGAAGACGGGCAGCCUCGGAGAGCUGCGUUUGCAGAGAGACCCCAACAAGACCGAUUUGUUCGUGGCCGAGCUGCCUCCGUCCCUGUUGGUCAACGGCAGCUUCUCAGUAAUACUGCGGGGCGUGGACGGCGAGGGGCGGAAGGUGGAGAGAGCGGCUCCUCAGGUGGCCACUGUUGCGGGAUCCCUGCUGGAGCUGAGCAGAGACACUCCUGUGUUCCCAGGGAAGCCGGUUUCCAUCGCCUGGAAGUUGACGAACCCGGGUCCGCUCAAGCAGUACGAUCUGAAAGCGAGCAGCGUUCCCCGGCUCCCAGUAAACAUCUCCAGCUCCAGGCUACAGUUAGGCCUUAAUGAGACCGCAGCAGGGCAGAUCACUCUUCACAUACCUGGCGCUGCUGCUCCAGGAUCCGUGGUCACCAUAACCCUACAAGCCAGUUCUUUGCACCCGGCAGAGGAGCCUGCAUUUGCCCAUAUCCACUUGCUCGUGAUGCCCCCCUCGCCAGUCCACAACCUCUCCUUGCCGUUCUGCAACCUCUCUCGGGCAGAUGGUUCCUGCGGCCCUUCUCAGCCCCGCUGCCACACCCGCCACUGGACGGCCACUUUGCGAAUCUGGGACGAAGCCGGGGUUAGCUCAGUGCAGGCGGGGGGAGGCGUCGUGGUCCCCCACCAAGCCGACGGGCUGGCAGAGUCGGUCAGCUACACCUCGGACUGCUGCUUGCAGGAGGCCACGUUGGUGGUCACCAACCGGCUCGGGGAAAAAUAUCGGUGCCGUGUGGAAGCGCCCCUAGAAGUUUCUGGGAAGGUGGUGGCAAUGCUGCCUGAUGUUCCUAGCAAGGGAGUUGCUGCUGUUAUCACCAACCGGUGGUGGGUGUUGGUUGCUCUCCUGGUAUCCUGCUUAGCACUGUGA